UUUUCGCAUUUUCUUCGUCGCGCGCACUCGUCUCCGUCGCCAUGUCGUACUUGCCGCUGUACCCGCAACAAGCGUACGAAAUCAACAACGGUGUUGCGAUCAACCCUGCGUCCCACGAAAUCGACAACCUCUGCCAUGAAAUCAAGGCUGCGUGCGCCGGAUUUGGCACGGACGAAGCGCGGUUGAACCGUGUCUUGGGCUCGCUCAAGGCGAGCACCCGCCACUUGGUCUCGAUCCGCUACCCUCAACUCCACAACGGCCGCACGUUGUUGGCGGAAGUCCAGAGUGAAACGUCCGGCGACUACGGCAAGCUCUGCGAAUUGCUUGCCCAACCAUUGGAAGAAGCCGAAGCCAUGAUCAUUCGCAACGCGACCAAGGGUGCCGGCACCAACGAAAACUUGUUGUACCCUGUCUUGGGCGGCCGCUCCCCAGAAGAAUUGGCGAUCCUGAAGAAGGCUUUCUUCAAGGUCUUCGGUGAAGACUUGGUUGUCGUGAUUGCUGACGAUAUUGGCGGUGACUUGAAGAAGCACUACUUGUCCGUGUUGAACUCCCUGACCCAAAAGUACGAUCCGGCCAUCCACAACCAACGCAAGGCCGAAGAAUUGGCAGAAAUCAUCUACAAGGCCGGCGAAGGCAAGUGGGGCACGGACGAAACGACUUUCUGCAACACGUUGUGGUCGAUCCCUCCCGAGUUCAUGAACCAAGUGAACGCCGCGUACGUUGCCAAGCACAAGAACAGCUUGUCGCGUGCGAUCGAGAAGGAGUUCGGUGGCCACACCGAACGUGCGAUGUUGUUUCACUACAACAUGAUCACGGACCCGAUCAAUACGAUAGUCGAGCAAUUCGAAAAGACGAUGAAGGGCAUUGGCACCGACGAGUACGGUCUCUCGGCUGCGCUCAUCCGCUACCAAGCGUACUUGCCCCAAGUCGCCCCUGCCUACAAGGCCAAGUACGGCGAGUCGUUGCGCGACCGCAUCUACGGUGAAACGAGCGGCGACUUCCGCAAGUUGCUCAUGACCGUGGUUGAAAACUCGCUGUAAUGUUCCGGACUAAUAUAUAAUACAUCUGAACCAUCUUCCUCGA